AGUGCACACAGAAGAAAGCGAAACCAUUGUUUAUAAACACAAAGUUGGUGACAGCGACAGAAAUCACCGAUAGCAAACGGUCUCUUUUCAAUGUUUGCUCCACAGCUAACAUUGACAGGUAGACGGCCUCCUCAUCUCGCUAAACAUUUGUCUUUGACAUAUUGUUGACAUCUGAAUGUUGCAGUUUAGGACACGUAACAUGUUAAAGCAUGUUUUGGACAUAAAUUGGGACAUAUAUUUGGUGUCUAGAAAUGCUGUAUUGCAUGAAUAUGAGCAAGAUUGAGUAUGAAUGGAUGUUUUAAGCCUGUGACCAUAUAAGAGAGGUCAAAAGUGACAGUCAUGAUGGCUGAGGAAGCUGGUAAGCUCCCUCUUCGGCGCCUGGAGCCCCCAAUUCAGAAAUUCAUUAAAGUGGCAAUCCCCACUGACUUGGAGAGGCUGCAUCAGCACCAGCACAACAUAGAAAAGUUCCAGAGAAGCAAACAGUGGGACAAACUGCACCAAGAGCACAUCAACUCCAGCCGUACUGUCCAGCAACUGCGAUCUAACCUACGGGAGAUGGAGAAGUUGUGUGGGCGUGUCCGCUGUGCCGAUGCUGCAGCUCUGGAGAAACUUGUUCAGCCAAUCAGAGAGCGAGCCUCAACUGCCAUUCAAGAGUUCUUUAGGAUUCACUCAGAUGCUGUCAAAAGGCCCUGCUUCCAGGAAACUAACAGCAAAGAUUUACACACAGCCCCAAAUACAUCAUACAGUGAUGGUGAUACAGGUCCCCUUGGUCCUCCUGAUCAAAUACAGCUGCUUCUGCCUGAAAUCCCUCCAGAACUGAAUGCUGCAGAGUCCUGGGAUUCUUUAGUAGAGGACCUGCUGGAGUUGAAUGGUUUAGUGAACGAGUUCUCCACUAUUGUUCAUUCUCAGCAGGAGAAGAUCGACAGCAUUGAGGCAAACGUUAGCAUAGCAGCUGCUAAUGUGGAGGAGGGGACCCAGAGCCUGGGGAAGGCGGCACGUUCAAAGCUGGCGGUUUUGCCGUUAGCGGCUGCUGUGGUAGGGGGAGUGCUGGGAGGGCCACUGGGACUGUUAGCUGGGUUCAAAGUGGCAGGGGUGGCGGCUGCCGUUGGAGGCGGACUACUCGGUUUUGCCGGGGGCAACCUGAUCCAACGAAAAAGGAAAGAAAGAAUUGAGUUUCAGCUACAACAGCUUAACAGCAACAACAACAGUAAGAACGAUCAUCAACAUACUCAAUAACACACACACACACACACACACACAAAAAAGCACAUUUGUUUUUGUAGACCAAAUACAGAGGAGUUGCAGGCCAUGAGAAAGCAGAGUCGUCGACCCACACAUUUUCUGAAAAGCACCAUGCGCUCAAUAGACAAACAUAAUACAAAAACAUUACAACCACAGUUGCAGAGUAACUCCUUCAUGCAGUGCAAAUUUCAAACAUGCACAUGAGUGACAACAUGCUACACCAAGUGGACCUGCUUUUUGUUCCAUAUAUUAAACCGCCUUAAUUAAUUGGCCAUCUCUAUGCCAAAGCUAAAAAAGAUUUCUCUGGAUUUCCAGAGAUAACUGAUUGUAACUUUUUUUUAAAUGUGAUGUGGCCCUGUUUUGCAAGGUUAUGUACAGCUUAAAUGGUAACUGGUAACUUUUACUGUACAAUUCCAAUCAUAAACAUUUAGACUACAUCUAAGCUGUAUUGUAACUAUGAUGGAUUUCUGUUUAAUUUUGUUAAUGGGAUAUGAUUAGUUAUAAAUGAUAUGUUGAUGCUAUGUAAAUUAUAAUGUAAUCACAUUAUGAUGUAUCAUAAGAGGAGGCAAUGUGCAGCAGUAAAAAGUCUAUUUAUUUCUACACUAUACACUUUAAUAAAUGAUGAAUACUUUCUAUUAACAAUGAAUAAUAUGAAAUGAUCUAAUUGUUAUUAACACCUAGUCUCCAUAGUCUUUGGAGAUCAUUGUGCCCAGUCCAUGGUGACUAAGGAUAACAAAUUAAAUACUUUGCCUUUUCCACUUUUUUAUAUUUUGAGAAAUUAUACUUUUCAGAUAUCUGAUAAUGUCUAAUGCUGCUUAAAAUAUUUGUAUAAUGUUAACACUUUAGCGUUAUAAGCCACUGUAAUGAUCAAAAUACAAAUUAACUGAUUUGUGUCAUAAUUAUUUAUAUAAUAUUAUAAAUCUAUAGCAAUAAAUAAAAUGUAAGACUUG